AUGGCUAUGGCAGAUCCUGCUGUCUACUCGACGUUAAACGCGCUCAAGCAAGCACCAACCAUAAAGCACAAGACCCACUACGAAAUAUUCGAGAACACCGACAAGAAAGCCAAGAGGCUAGAGACCCAGAUUACAACCGAUCGAGUUCCUCCGCCAGGCUAUGAAUUUGUGGCCGCAGGCAAUCCGGAACUCACAACGCUUUGCAAGGAUAUUUCGCGGGAGCAGGAUGCUAUGAUAUUCAUUGUUUCUGAUUCCAGGGACGACACUGUGUCUGCCCAAACGCAUCGCUCUGGAUGGCACUUCCGUGAGCGCAUUGUGGAUCUGGCUCGCGAGAAGCUCAUUGCGAGUGGUCACCUCAAGCCCCAGAAAAUCGCGGUGAAAGGACGCCCAGAGGCUUUACCCAAAAGCCGUGACCAAAUCUUGGAGGAAGCCGAGGCAGUGCUACGGGAUCUCUUUCCACGGAUUCCCAACAUCAGUCGUAGGGAGAUCCUAAGUCAUUCUUUCGACAAGGACAACAAGCUUUUCAACGGCAGAGAAAAGGUUGGAAUGGCCGAGGAUUUACCUCUUGCUCGACGUGUUCAGCUCGCAGCGCUCUCACAUAUUAGGCACACAAUGACAAGGUACGAUGAUCUCUUGAAAGAGGGUCAAAAAUGGGAGAAUGCUCGAAGAGCUGUAGAAAAGCCUUGUUUGGAUAUCAUAGUCAAAUGGCGAGGAGAUGAAGAGACUGGUCGCGACCAGCUAGAUGAGAUUCUUCGGGAAGUCAUUGAAAUAUCCGAUGAUGAGGACUCCGAGACAGGGGAAUCUAGCGAGGAAGAAUUGCUGCCAGGUCUUUCAACUGUCAGAAUCAGGGACGGCGUCCUUGCAGCCCAUAGUGGUGCCCGGGCUGCCAUACCAGGAUUAAUGGCCUCCACAGGUGUUGCAACCGUUCAAGCUCCCAGGCGUGAGCCUUCGAUCAUUUCUCUGACCACGUCACCGCCCAUGCAGCCUAGGAAGCUUACUAGGAAGGAGCGAAAGGCUGCGAAGCAAUCGCAACAGCGCUUCAAGCGUUAUGCCCAAGUGGCGGAAACGUUCAGACAGGACCCCCCUACCCGUGGUUCAGGGUCACCCAGGGAUGUGCAUAUGAGCAGUCAUCCUUUCACAGACCUUUCCAGACCUAGGGCCGGACAUAUGGACCCUCCCCAACCCGCAAGAUAUGUUGCGGUGUCCGGUCCACCCUCAUAUGCAGCAGGACAAUCUUAUUAUCAUGUUCCACAGGAAGCACCAAGACUACGUGGUCAGUCGCCGGUCUUCGUUCGGGUAGCUGAGGCUGUUGGACCCAAAGUUGGGUCUGGGGCCGAUCGUCCAAGUUACGGUCCAACACCCAUCUCACCUGUUCGCAACGAGUUUCAGGAUAUGUUGGUCCGCUCCAUUGAGCCGUGCUCGCCCGGUGUGCAACGCAACCGUGAGCGUUUGUCUUCAUAUCUACUUCCUUCGGAGAGUAACAGGGUCUUGGAGGCACCCCGCAUUGUAAGCCAGACAAUGGUUGAACAGCCACCGGGUCGCGCUCGCCCUAUCUCUCCUGGAUAUGCAACAACUGCUGAUGGUGCUCCUUUGAAGCGUCACCGCGUGCUUACUCACCCUAGCAGGCAGCCAGACCUGUUUUCGGGCGCUGGGUUCAUACAGGUACACAGAGAUACCGAUCGUAGGCCAAUUGGUCGAGAUCAUGCACCCGGCCAUUAUGCAGUUCCGGUCACUAGCGAGUACCAUGCCAGACCUCGAUCGCCAGCCGUAUACGUUCAAGAUGCAACACGUGCAGGCCCUAGCAACGUCAUAUACAGGCCAAGAUCGGAUCCUAUUUUUGUGGGGGAGCGGACACAUCAUCAUCAUCGCGAUGAAGGCCCUCUUAGAUCGAGAGACCAUCCGAUUAUUCUAGACAGCCCCCGCGUCACACCCAGGAACGGGGAUGCAACUCAGCACUGGGGUUUCACAGGUUAUGCUCAGCCGCCUAGGGAACGAGCUGAAGUGGCACGUGGAGUUCCUGUACCUGUGGUGCAGCGCGCUCAGGAGCGGCCGCAAGUGAUAUAUCUCGAUGAGCUGGACCCUAGAAUGCCUCGACCUCGCGAUCAUUUGCCUGAAGCUCGACAUCCUCAUAUUAUUUCGGCUGAAUCUCGCUUACCUCAGAAUGCUACGCGUUUCAAUACCGAACGGAUCUUCCGUGAUAACCAGGAACAAAUUAGGCAGCAACCCAUGGCGUACGCAGAUGCAGGGCAACAUUUUACCAUGCGAUCUGGAGAUGGACUUUCGCAUACAAUUUCGAAUGGAGAUCCUGGGUCCAGAGUCACGCUAUCCGGCAACUAUCCUGCGCAGAUUCACUACGAGCACUCACACCAUGGCGUCACUCGGGAUGCCGGGUUUGAUCGUAAUUCGGGUCAGCCGCUGUACCCAAUACUCAGGACCCAGGUCCACGAGACUGGCUAUCAUUGA